AUGGCGGAUGUCAACCAAUCGGGUUGGGCUUCCAACCGGUCCUGGGGUGGGGAGGAAAGGGAGGGGCUGACCGUCCCGGGCCUGGUGGGCGCCAUCUUGUCCCUGCUGUGCCUGACAGGCUGGGCGGGGAACGCCUACACCCUGGCGCUGAUGUGCCGCCUGCCCCGGCCGGCCGCCUCCCUGCGGGCCCACCUGGUGAGCCUGGCGCUGGCCGACCUGCUCUACCUGACGUCGGGGCCCUUCGUGGCCUACAACGGGGUGGCCCGCGACUGGGCGUUCGGCCAGGCCGGCUGCCGGCUGCUGCUGACCCUCGACCUCCUCACCAUGCACGCCAGCGUCUUCACCCUGACCGCCAUGAGCGCCGAGCGGCGGGCGGCCGUGGUCAGCCCCCUGAGGGCGCGGGGCCGGCGGCGUCGGCUGGCGCUCCUGGGCCUGCUCUGGCUCCUCUCGCUGGGCCUGGCCCUGCCCCUGAUGGCCGCCAUGCGGCUGGAGGAGCGGGCCCUGGACGACGGGGAGACCCGCAGGCUGUGCACCCCGGCCUGGGGAGAGGAGGAGGUCAAGCUUUACCUCACGCUCCUCUUCGGCACCAGUUUCCUAGGCCCCGGCCUAGUGCUGGCCUACCUCUACGGAGGGCUGGCUCGGGCCUACUGGAGGUCCGAGACCCGGGCUCCAGUCCGUCGCUCGCCCAGCCUCAGGGUGCUAGGCCUGGUGUUCACCAUCGUGGCGGCCUACUGGAUUUGCUUCCUGCCCUUCUGGCUUUGGCAGCUGAUCCCACUCUAUGACGCCCGCGCUGCCACCCGCCUUUCCUUCCGGGCCCAGGGGAGGGUCAACGAGCUGGUGACCUGCCUGACCUACGGCAACAGCUGCUUCAACCCCUUCAUAUACACCCUGCUGACCCGCAGCUACCGAGACUACAUCAGGAGGGCGCGCAGAGGCGCUCCGGCGGACGGGCGAGGCCGGACGAGACCGAGGGGGCGUGAGGAGGCCGCGACGGUGCGGGGACCGCCGCGGGGAGGCCGGGAGGGCCAGGCCGAGGGACGCGCAGAAGAUCGGGACGGCGCCGAGAGGCCGGAGGGACCCUAGAG